CGCAAACCGACACUUUCGUGGGCACUGGACUGGCACACGUCCAGCCUUGUUCAGGGCAAGCCCAACAAUUUGCGUUGGCAGGUGUCGCUCGGCGUUGAAAGUGAAGCCGAAUGCUCUUGCAAUCGUCCACCCACUCACGAUUGGUCAGGCUUCGGGAGAGCCUGUGACAUGUCCCAAUGGCUCAAGUACGUCUUAGUUGCCCCAACGACUGGACUAUCCGCGGCUAAAUUUAGCUUCACAUUUUCACGCAGGCCAAACUUGACGUCGGUGCACUUUGCCUGUCUUUUUUUGCCCUGUCCUGACUUGCCUUGCAUUUCCUUGACUUGCCCUACCUUGCCUUGA